ACAAAUCAAGUGAACUAGUGAAAAUGAAGCUAUCUAUUAACAGUAUUUUUACUUCAUUUUUUGUUUAGUUCUCUUGGUCACCUGUACAUAUUGAAUGCCAGACUUAGCCCAGCAUUCGGUUCAUUGCUGGGGGACUCAGUCAGCAUAACAGAUGUCAACACCUAUGCUCCAGGUGACAUCAGGAGAUGCAGCAGCAGUGGCAGCAACACAGCCUACAACACCCACAUCCAUCGCCAGCAUUACCUCUGCAACACUUUCCAAGCCUGAAGCCCAAUCUAAGGAGAGCAAAAAGCCCUAUUCGGAUGGGGCCACAGCCACCCAGAGUCAGACAGCAGAGGUCAAUGGUGUACCAGCCAGCAUUGGUUCACAGCUGGUCAUCCCUCAGCCCUUCCUUCAUUAUCUCCAGCUGCAACAACAGCUUCUCCAACAACAGCAGCAACAGGAGCUGGCAUCUGUUAUUUCAAUGGGUGUUCAGCAGCCAACAGAAAUUAAAGAGGGAGAAAAUAAUCCAACCCAUAACGUGACAACUCCUAACAGUGCUGCUGGGAAUGGGGGUGGUGAAGAUGGCAGUGAUGACAGCUUUGAUCUGGAUGAUAACAAUUACGCAGAUGACGAUGGCUCUGAUUCCACAAAAAGGGAAGGAAAAGGACGAAUCCGGCACUCCGGUAGUGGCCGUAACAUCAAUCAGUAUGGUAGAGAGUUUACCAAUGGUCGACCCUUGCCUGAUCAUCUGAGAGUUCAAAUUCUGCAAUUGGCUCUACAAGGUAUACGUCCCUGUGAGAUCAGUCGUCAAUUGCAGGUGUCUCAUGGCUGUGUCAGCAAGAUACUUAACAGGUAUCGCAAAACUGGAAGCAUUAACCCAGGUCAAAUUGGUGGCAGUAAACCAAAAGUGACCACCCCAGAUGUGGUCAGUAUGGUCAAGCAGUACAAAAUGGACAAUCCCCAGAUGUUUGCUUGGGAAAUAAGGCAAAAGCUCUUACAGGACAAUGUUUGUUCUGAGAAAAAUAUUCCUAGUAUAUCUUCCAUCAAUCGUAUCAUUCGGGACAAAACACUUACAAACCGUAGAGGUUUUGACCUUGGCGGAGAUGGAGAUGAGAAUGAUGAAUUAGGUUUAGAUGCGGAAGCCAUGCAGAGCUACAUAGCCACCAUGCCUCACAUGACAGUUGAUUUAUCAACUUCACCUUCUAACUCCACACACAGUCCCAGGCCUGACCAGCCAUCAAAUGACAACUCCAGGCCAGUCUUGGACAAAACACAGGGUAAAUUACCAUCCGAGGACUCUAUAAAGACUGGGAAAGCAGCUGCAGUGAGCAGCCCGUCCCUGUCGGAUGUGAGUGUAAAAGUUGAUGCCAGUCAGAUUGUAAGUGUUCUAGUCAAGGAGGAGAAUGGUCCAGUAUUAUCUAGUUCUUCUCCGAGCUUCCCUGUAGUAGGUUGUGACAGUCGGUCCUCUGGUGGGGACAGGGAGUCGUCUUCAGUGGUUAAAAAGGAAAUGGAUGAAAACAUUGCCAAUGUUGCCACUGGUCAUGGCGAGGAGGAGAAGGAAGUGAUAGUUCUAAGUCUAGGAAAGAAAGAGCAUUUAGAGACCCGACCGGCCGUUGGCUGUGAUGGGGAUAAAGGAGCUUCUAAAAAGUCUGGUCUUUCCAUCAGCAGUGCUGAAACAACUGUAAAGAAAUCUAAAUCUGAGAACUCCAGGCCAAGUCUUAAUGAUGUCAUAUCCAAUUUGUCUCAUGGUGCUGCUUUAUUAAGUGAAUCAUCUCCCUCAUCAUCAUCUGUGUCUAUGUCAGCAUCUUCCUUGCUUUGGAGCAAGCUGUCCAAAUCAUCGUCAAAUGAAGCAGCCUUACAGCAGCUAGAAGCUAGGACAGCAGAGACUAAAAGCAACUUAGCUAUUCAGACUAGCAGUCUGACCAUUCAGAAACCCAGCUGGUUUGCCAUGCCGACUGACGAGUCCAGUGGUAGUGGAAACACCACCACACCCUUGUCCACUUCUUGCCACUCAUCGCCAGCUGUGGUAGCUGAGCAGUCCCCUGACCAGCAGCUUGUUGCCACCAAUCUUUCUGCCAAUCCUGUCAAUGCCACUGUUCAUCAUACGCCUCGUCGAAGAGGCAGGAAGCCAGCGAGUGGCAACAUAGAAGCUUGGAGCCCAUCACCGUCAUCCUCAUCAUCAGAUGUGUCCAAUGCAAACAGAAAUGCAACUGGAAGUAAGAGUUCAACCCCUACUCCUUCCAGUCCAUACCCAAGCACCCGCCAAGCUCCCCAAGUAGCUGCCUCCAUUUUCUCCCUCCCUUACAACCCCAUUCUCUCUCCUGUAUAUGACUAUAAUCUCCCAGAUCGUGGCCUGUCAGCGGCCACUGCUUCCAUUAUGGCUGCCAAUCCUCGUUUUGCACCUCCACACAUGCCAGCCACUUCGCCUUUCAUGAUGAGUUACUUUCCCUUGCAGCCAAUGUGGGGCGGUACAGGAACAGUGGCCAUUGCUGCAGCCAAUAUGAGUCUACCUACCCCACUAGAUCUGUCCUCCCCAAACAAAGAGAAAUUGAAACCAGAAUCUACAGACAAAACAUCGGAUAAAUUAGUGGCUAGUAAAGAGCCUUGCAGAAAAUCUCCAUCCAGCAGUCAACAUUCAGCCUCAUCCUUAUCAACCCACUCUACGCAAGGGAAGGAAUCCAAGAAACUCUCUAAAGGAACCCAUAGUAAAAGUAACAAAGGAAUAACUAAAUCUUUGAGUGAUAAAACUGUAGUGAAAGCUGUGGAUAAAGAAACAGAGGAUAUUAAAGAUGAUGAAGACCUUAGCCUAAAAGAAAAACUGACAGAAUAUCGAAGUCAAGAAGUUAACAUAUCAAAGGCUAAAUAUGAGAAGAAUCUCUUACUGUUUGGUGACCAGGAAAUUGAGAUAAUGUGUGUUGGAAAGCUCAGAUGGGUGGUUAGGAAUGAAGCAGAUCUUUUGAGAAUAGCCCAGGCCAACCUAAAGAAGUCUAGCCCUGUGUGCGAUUCUGCCACAAUUGUUCUGGAAGCCAACUCUUCUACUGAAAACCUUGCCUAUGGAGAGGAUAAGACUAGAAAAAGUUUCAAAGAUCGCUCGGAUUGUCCAGUUUCCAGUUCCGUCAAAAGAGAGGAUGGAGAACAAGAAGAAGGGCCUUCUUUGGUGUCAAGUAAGGACAGGUCAUUGUCCCCAAGGAAGAGCACCUGCAGAAAUACAGAGCAGCCAGACUCUGAUUUGAGUCCAUCACCCAGUAAAUGUCCACGAUUGGACAAAGCUUGCCAUGCUUACAGUCCCAAAGAUCUUGGGAAACCUCAACUAACCAAUGGCAAGGCAGACAGUGAUAAACAGGAGCUUGGCACUGCUGUCAGCUUGCCCAACUUUCUAAUAGAUUCCUAUGUCACUGACUCCAGCUCUUUGAAUCAUUUGCCAUCUUCAUCUACACUGCUGCCCUCUUCAUUAGCUGAAAAGUCCUCCAGUAUUGUCAAGAUUUCUUGCCCUGGUCAGCGAUCUCCACCAGGCCCUGCCUUCUCUAAACAGAAACAUGAAGCUAUGUUAUCUGAGGAGGCAGACAAGCCAGCUGGCCUGGCAGCUUCGCCUGUGACCAUGGGCUGUUCUAGCUCGGAUACUUACCUGGCCAAGGAUGGAUUAGUUGCAGUUGGUGAGAACAAGCUCGCCCACACUAAGUGUGCCUCUGUCUGCCAUGAUGUAAAGGCCGGCACAGCUGCAUCACUGUCUCUAGAGGACGAGGCAUUCUCCAAAGAGUAUUCUCUACUUUCAAGUAUGCUGAAAUCUGCACACUGAUAUAGAAGUGUGUUUACAUUUUAAUUGUUCUCUAGUAUUGUAAUACUUUCAACAUGAUUCUAAACUUAACAACUGUAACUAGAAUAUUUGUAUUGCUACUGUUCAAAUUAAUCUCAGAAGUGCAUUUCUUAUUAAUGCUAUCACCAUUUGGAUGGUGUUUGUCUCUCCUAGAUUAUAUAUAUAUAUUGAACUUGUAUUGAAGUUGUAAGCAUAUAACCUUAAUUGAAAUGGUUUCAAGUAUAUACCAAAAUGUAUUUCUGAGAAAAAAAAAGUUUUUUGUAUUCUCAUCUUCAUGUGUACUAUUGUUGGCUGCCAUGUUGUCUCCCUAUGUGUGGAAAUGCUAGUCUAAUGAAAUCCUGUGACUUUGUUCAAGAGCUCUAUCUUGACACAGAAACACACACAAACAAAUGUAUCAAUUUAUUUUUCAUUAACAAAUGUUUACAUUGAAAAAGCCCAUAUUUUUUUAGGUUCAUCAAAUAUAUCUUCGCUAUAUAAAUGUAUCUAUAUUGACUCAAGUUACCUAAAUAUUGUGGUGAUAUAAGUCACUGUUUUGUCUAGCAAGUAUUGUUUGUGCUGUAUUUAAGCCAUACAUUUAUUGGUGUAUAUAGGUAGAUGCAGUUUAUCAAUAACUUUGUGCUGACCAGGGUUUUUUUUAAAUCAUUGAUACAUGUCUGUAUUAUUUAAAAACCAAAUAAUUAAAUGUUGGGUUUUUAUGUGGGACUUUUUGUGUUUUUUUUAGUUACUUCACAUUUUUACAGAAAUACAAAAAAAAAUUGAUAUGGCAGAAAAAAAGGUGCCUUUUAAGAAAAAAAAAUCACUUUAAAUCUUUUUUUAAUGCAGUUACUUUGUUUCUAAUACAAAUACUAAGUGACAUGUUUAAUAAAAGCAUUAAUUGGCUUUUUUUUUUUUUUUUUGUAUAACACCUUCAUUUUUCUGGUUGUUAAUGUCAAAAAUCAAAAUGUACACUUGAAAUAAACACAACUGCCAGAUAGCAUUAUGAUGUAACUCCUUGUAGAAUGAACCUGUGUAUUACUGUAGAGUCUGUAUCAUUGGUGACCAUUACAGUGUAUUUAUAUAUAUAUAUAUAUAAUAUAUACCUAUAUAUCUAUUUAUUCUCUGCCAAGCAUUAUGACUUCAUCAAACUUGCCAGCAUCCACAGAAUCCCCCCCUCCCUCCUCCAAAAGCAGUCAAUACAGCCAGUGUGCAUGGUUUUCUUGUAUAGUGAUAAGCACAGUAUUGGGUUGUCUAGACGACCAGGUGUGCAUUCUUGUUGAUGUUGUUUUGGCUGUUGGUUGUUGUUUAUUUGAUGACUAUCUAUUUGUUUAUUUGUUGUAUUUUUUUUUUAUUCAAUCAGCUAGUCCAAAGAUUUCUUCUAUUUGAGUUGUAUUCUGUUUAAGGAAACUAUUUAGAUAUAUUUACGUAAAUCUUUAUUUAAAGAAAUAUAUUUUUAUACUGAACACAACUGGAUAUAUUACAAUCUUUUAAAUUGGCAGUACAAAUCAGAAGUUAUUUUUAAAUUGAAAACAUAUUUAUUUUUUAUUCCAGUUAUGAGAUUUUAUUUUUCUUUUACUACCAAUGAUAACUUGAUCAUCAGAUUUUUAAAGGAUUGUAAUUUACAUUUGUACAGCAACAGUUCUUGAGGGUAAAAUCAUUUGACAGUGUUUGAUUAAAUACCAAAGAAAUAGUCUUAAAAGACUUUUAUUUAAGACAAAUGAUUGCUAUAAAGUAGUGUUUCUCUAAAUGAUGGUCUCUCUUGUAGCCUAAGGUCAAUUACAGUCUGACAAUGAAAGGCUAGAAUUUUUAUUCUUUCAAAACUAAGUUUAGAAUUAUGAGCUUGGAUAAAUGGAUUACUUGGGGACCAUUGUAAAACUCUCCAGCAUCUACCUGUGCCCAAAAAGCUCUGGUGAAUUGUAUUCUUGUGAUUGUAUUUAUUGCCUAGUAUUUAUACCUUUAAUUUUUUGUUUUCUGCUUUAGUCUCAAUUUAACAAGAAAAUCUGAAAUGUAUUAUUUUUAACAUGCAUUUAUCCUCCCCCCACCCCCUCUAAAAAAAAAAAAGAAUAUUUCCAAAGAAAUGUAAAUUUUGUCUUAUAAGUCAAGUUUGUUGUUUGUAUAUAUGAUCCAUUACCUCCUGAUGUUUCUUGCAGUGUUGAACAGUUAGUCUUAAAUUGCAGUUUUAUGCAAAGUGAAAGUAAGUAAAAGAGGCUGAGUGAAUUCAAUGAAGAACUAUCAAUCAUCAGAAGAAAACUUGUUAGCAUUUUCUGCAGAAUAUUAAAAAAAUACAGAAUUGGCAAAUGAUUUUAUGGUAUUGUAAAAUAUUUAAGAUAAUCCAAGAUUUCCUCCUUUUUAAAAAAAAAUGUGUUGUUAAAACAUUAUAUCAGCUUAUAAUAAUCAAUCCAAUUAUAAAGGCAAAGUUUGGGGAAGCCUGCGGAACUGUAAUAAACAGCUUAUUUUUUUAGCUCAAAUUUCCUUGUGAGCUGGUGUGUCAAAUCCAUUUUAUACAUAAUGUUUUAGGCAAACAACACAUAAAUAUUUGUUUAAAUUAAAAACGUCUCCAGUUUUUCUUUUGUAAGGUCUAUUCAACUCAUUGAAGUAAGCCUCCUUUUUUGUUUUGUAAGAUUAAAUUCUAGCUUCACUAGUUAACACAUCCAAUUAACACUUGACAUAUUCUGUAUUAUUUAUAUUCUCCAUAGAUAAACUUCAAAAUUUUGUGUCUUUAUAAUGAUUUAAAAAUUUGCAAAGAAACAAAUUGAACGAGAUGCCAUUAUCAGUAUUUAAACAGAUGUUCUUGUGUAUAUAUUUAUAAAUAAAUAUGUUAUUGUAUUGACUUGCAGCCAGUGGUCAUAUCAGUCAGUUGUAGGUAGUGGUCUGGGUCAGGAAUCUUGAGGUGUUGAGCCUUUGCCAUUACAUCUUUUCCACUCCUCCCCUCCCCCUUUAAUUAAAAAAAAAAUCAAGACUUUUUCUCUUAAUUUAAUUAUACUGGGUCUUAAUUAUUUUAUCUUUCUUUUUUUUUAGUCAAUCAAAGUUUUGGUUUUACUGAAACUCUUUAGACUUCUUGCCAAUUGUAAAUAGAAAGCAAAGUUAGUAUAUUAAUAGACAGAGGGUCAAUAAGGUUGCAAUAGAAAUUCAAUCUACUGGGACAUUAGAAAAAAAAAGACUGGGAGGGAUGAACCUUUGAUCUUCCCUGGACAUGAAGAGUUUGGUCCUCACUGGACAUGAAGAGCACUGGUGUGCAGUCUGUUUACAAGUUUUUCUCCUUUUUUUUUUUUUUCAUUUUGCUUUCCCAGUCAACUAUUUUUUUUUCUUUUUUAAAUUAUUGCUAGAUGACAUCAUUAUGAUUGAACUGUGACUGGAACGUGUCCACUCUAAGCAUUAAGUAGACGAAGUUAUUUGUAACAUUUGUUUGGAAAGCAAUUCCACCUUGAACCAAAGAAUUAACUUUUUUAUUAUUCAAUUUCAAUUGUGUGAUCUAUUUCUUUUAUCAUGUUUUUUUUUUUUUUACAUUGGACUUGUUGCAAUCCAGCUUUAAACUUGCAUUUUUUGUGUGUGUUUUCAUUGUUUAACAACUUAUCAAGAGUUCUAUGUAUAUCUUCUUUGAGAAGAACUGUUUUUUUUUUCAAGUCAGACCAUUUGUACAAAUAGCAAUUUACUUUUUACUUGAGAUUUCUCAACUUUGUAACCAAAAAAAAAAAUUAAUCCUUAAAUAACAAUGUGCAUUUACUAUUGCUUUCUUCUAAAAGUUGUAUCCAAAUCAAAAUAGCUGUGCAGAGAACAUUUUCAUUUGGGCUCAAAAGCCACCAUUGCAAUAAAGUUAAAGCAAGAAAUAAAUGAUUUUAUUUUAUGUUCUUGGUUAACAUUAUUAAAAACUGCCGAAGGGACUAUGAAUCUGGAGAAAUGUUUUCUUCCUUUAUCCUAAAUAAAUUUCUCCCCCCCCCCCAUUUUCUUUCUUUCCUCCCCCUGGACAUGAUCUGGUUUAUUAUAGCGAUAUUUCUUCUGUUUUCCAAAAAGAAGAUCAAAUGUUUUGUUAAUCAGUUAUUGGUCCUGUACUAGUGCAUUGAACUACUGAAUGUUCCCUGUUCCAGCCAUGGCACAACUUCUACCAAAGAUUUGUUUGUUCUCUUCACAUUAUUUAAUGUACAUCUUGAGUGGAUGGCAUUGUCUCGUUACCUCCCUUACCAUCAAACUUACAACAAAUUCUAGUGACAACAGUAUUUAAUGAUCUAUACAUUUAAAUAUACAUAUAUAUAUAUAUAUAGCCUUUUAUUUGUUUCAAAGGAUAUUUUGUGGCUGUAUAUUAUCAUGCUUGUGAUUUAGUGGUGAUUUUUGUUGUUUUCUUUAAUUAUAUUAUCUCUCCUACCCUUGUUCUAUUAUUAUUAUUAUAAAUAUUCCUUGUUUGUUGAAUUAGUGCAAAGUCUUCUGAAUUUGAACGACUGCUUGCUAUUCUUUGUUAUCUUUGAUUUCAUGAUGCAGAUCAUUUAUUUCAUAAUGUAGACUUCUAUUUUGUUUAGCUCUAGAGAUAUUUGAGUCUAGGUAAGAAAUAUUGAAAUGGGUUUUAGGGUAGUCUAUGAAGAAGGAGGAUCCCUUCACAGACGUUUAGAUCAAACAUAGGAGAGUUCCUCUUGUAGCUGAAUAGGUUUUUCAAAAAUGAAAUGACUUUUUAAAUUUUUAUUGCCAUUACAUGUUCUAGUGUAGCUUUGGUGUUGGUUGCUUGGUAUUUAUCCAUCAUUGUGCAUUUAUAUCACGAACAACACAGCUUGUGUAGUUUGUUUUGAUUUAACUUUUCUUCCCUCAUUCAUGUUUUUUUUUUAAGGGUCAGUGUUGUCCCUUAUUGGCUGUUGGUAUUUCUUCUCAUGAACCUUGAGAUUUUUUUGUUUUGUUUCAUUGAGCCUUGGGUUCAGUUAAUGAUGUACUUUGUGCGUGUUUCUUUUAUCAGCAAGAGGUUUUUAAAAGUUAUAAUUUAUUUUAAACCAAAGAAUAUAAAUGUUUUUUUUUAUUUCUAGCCAUACUUUGCUUUCCUUAAAAAUGUUCUACAGUAAUUUUAGAGAUUUCACUGAGAAGCUCUCGCCUGAGACACAUAGAGGAGCGCUAGCUGCCUUACAAGUUCUUCAUUUAGCUUUCUGUUUGAAAAAAUAAAAUAAAUAUAUAUAUAUAGCAAUAAUGAAAUCAAAAUAUCCUAUAGAACUGUACAGAAAUCAAGAUGUUUUAUCCCAAACAUAGCAAAAAAGAAAACUGAUGUACUUUUUUCAAAUUUAUCUCAAAAACUCUGUUCAGAUUUCACUCAGCUUUUACUCUAAUAUUUUUAUCUGAAACCAAAUCUAAUAGCUAAAUCUAAAUAACUUCCAGAAAGAUUCAAUUGUUUUGACUGCAUAUCUUUUUUUUAUACUAUUACUGGUGUUUCUAACCAAUCAAAAACAACUUUGGAUAUUUCAUGAAUUUUUGUUCACAUUUAAGCAUGUCCUAAGUAGUUUUUGCUUUCUUUAGAUGAAUAGUUUUUUGUUGUUAUUUUUUUAAACCUUAGGAAGAGUUUUAAUGUCACCUCAGUUGAUAACCUUGAACUUGUCCUACUGCUCUAUGUACUCUUUAGUCAGAUGAAUUUCUAGGCCCAGACUUUGUUCAGUUGUAGGACUUACACAUGCGAAAAACAAGGGAACUAAUUACUUGCUCUAUUCUUAUGUUGGAUCUUUAGCAAGAAGUGUUAGAUGUGAAAGUCUGUGCUGUGGCAAGGCGGCUAGCCUCGUUUGGUAGGAACCAUUCAAACUCAAACAUUGACAGAAUUUAUUCAUUGAUCAUUUAAGAAAUGGGCUGAAAUGUCUAGAGUGUAUGCAGUGCACAGCUUUACCCAUCUCAUUCAGUCACUUAUAUAUGUAUUGAUACUUAUACUUGAGCUAGAGAUAUAGUAAUGUUUCUUCUUAGAUAGUAAUGUUUCUUCUUACCAGACAAUCCACAAAUGUUAAUGUCCUCAUAUCUGACUUGUAGUCUCAUUGUUUGAAUUGCGUGGAAUGACUUAUCUAGCUGUUAUUGGUAAACUUUGGCUUUCAUUUUUUUUGUAAUUUGUUUACUAGUUUGUUUUGAAGGUUGUUGCGUUUUGUUUUUUAAACUUGAACUAAAUGGCUGACUUGUUUAAUAACAUUUAGAGUGAAGGCUUUUAAAACUAUAUAUUGUUAUUAUUAUUCUAAGUUAUCAGUCAGAUCAGUGAAACCAAAUCAGUUCAACUGCUUGCAUUUAUGACAAGUUUUAGUUUUGUAUCCCUGCUUCCAUUAUGAACUCUUUAUUGUUGCAUGAGCUUUUUGUCUCUUUUAUUGUUCUCUCUAGAUGUAUGAGACUGUGUCAUUAUAAUGGACAGCUAAUUGCGAAGAAUAUGUUCACUUCAAAGCUGUUCUUUUGUUUGUCCAAGAUGAAAUGUAUUCACUCAAACAAUCAAAUUAUUGUUUUGACCUUGUGUUUGUGUUGCUAGUUGUAGUAGACCAGUGCUGGAGUUGAGUAGUUGAGUCACUUAAGAUUUGUGAUGUAGACACUUGUAGUUCUGGAGUGUUUGUAUUGGGGUGCCAUUGUUGGUACAGACCUGUCUUACAAGCCUACACUUAAUACAAUUUUUAUUUGUUUGAAGAGGAAAGAAGUCAUAUAAUAUUUUUAAUUGAUAGCAUUGUCUCUGACUUUUAUCAUAAGUAAAUCUUGGACUUAAUUUAUAGGAGAGGAAGCAACAGAAAUAAAUUAGGGCUAGGAUUGUUUUUUUUUUUUUAUGAGGCAGUAAUAUAUACCCUAGAUUGAAUUGGAUUAAAAGUAACAAAGCUAAGAAAAUUUCUCAAACUUAAGCAUUAUUUAGCUUCAUAGUUAUUUUAUACAAUUUUCACAUUUCAAUCAAAAUAUUUAUUUUCUAUGUUGAAGUGCAGAUGAAAAAAUGCACACGUGUGUGUGUGUCAUGCUGGUAGAAUGAUCAUGUCUAUUUUGAAAGCAAAAAAAACUUAUCAUGGGUUAUAGCCUUGAAUAGAAUCUCAUUGAUUUCACAGCAAUCACAAAAUCUAUUUCAGUGUAAUCAUUAGCUCUAAACAACAAAAGAGCACCUUUCACUGGCAUGACAAAGCACAAAAUAGACUUCCUCAAAUAGUUCUGAAAGUUGAUUUCUAUUUACUAAUGACAAAGAUGAAAAAAAAAACAACACUCCAGAGAUGUGGGAUGGAAUGAAAUGAAAUUUUUAGAAAGAGCAUAAAAAAAAGGAAUCUCACCCUAAUUGCAUCCACCAUUAGUGCAGCAACAAAAAAAAAUCCACCUGAAACAUUUAAGUACUCUUUUCAGAUAUGCAUGGAAAAUGUGUAUUGUGUGACUAGAUCUAGCUUGUAUUGUACUGUUUUAUUUAUGCACCCUUGGCCUCGUUCAGAGAAUGAGGUUAGCUUACAGCUGAUUGAGUGUAGCACUGAAGUGUUCUACUGUUAUGUAUGACCAUAAGAAACUAAAUUGGCAGUGUGGCAACCUCUUAGAUCUGCUGUACCAAGAUGUACUUGCAAUUCUUGGUACACCAACCAUGUAUAACUGUGUAACACCAUUGGAAUUAGUGGAGAGUACUUGUAUUUGCUUGAAUAUUUUGCUAUUGAAUCCAACAUCUUGUUAUGUAACAGUGAGCCACUCUCUUACUGUAUCCCAAUACAAUUUGAAUGAUUUAUUUUUACACUAAAAGUGGCAACAAAUUUGUGUGAUAUUGAAAGAGUAAAACCUUGGGUUUUGAAACAUUUUAUUUGGUUUAAUAUAAAAAUGUAGCUAAAUACUAAAAGCUAUCUUUGUUAUCUCUGAAGCCUGAACAUUGGUUAAUUACUGAAAGUUUUUUGCUAUUUUGUACAUUUUUUUUACUUUUGAAACCAAUUGAAUUGUUUUAUGGAUUUACUCAUUUUUUUUUUUUUUUAGUUAAAUAAUAGAGGUUAAUGACAAUUUUAACAAUUCCUAUUCUGUGAAAGUCAUUAAUGAAGUUCAUUUAUUAAUAAAAUAAACAUGUUUAAUUUCCAAUUGUAAAAAAAAAAAGUAUCAACCUGUAAAUUGUUGGGAUAUAUUACUGGAGUUGUUCACUGCAUCAGCAACUUGCCCAGUUAUUGAACUUGUAGUUUGUAUAAAGCAUUAACUCUUGAAUCCUAUCUUGUUGUAGACGUGUUGCUAUGGUGAUUGUCUGAAACCAAGAAAACAAAACCAAAGAAAUCCAUGUUUUCCUCAUAUUCUAUGAUUAUAACUUUAAUUUGUAUUCGUUUGUUCAUUUGUUUGUAUCUUUACCUAAAUUAUUGCCUGGAUCCAGUGUCCAGUCUUUAGUCACAUGAUUACAUGCUGCAGACCAUGAAGAAAUUAUAUGUUGUCAUGAUGAAA